AUGAGUGAAACGAUCCGGAAAUCGCAAAAGUUAUCUGAUGAUUGUGGCGUGAUUCAGCAAAUUGAUCGGAUCAGUAGCUUACCGGAGCCAAUCAUCUCCCACAUUCUGUCAUUUCUUCCGACAAAAUCUGCUGUUGCGACGGGUUUCGUGUCCAAAAGCUGGAAGCAUCGCUGGACUGGAUUGACGAGCUUCGAUUUCGAUGAUGAUUGGUGGCGUAAUAGAAGCAAGAAGUCUUCUCGCGCGAGGGAUAAUGGUGCCGAGGAUCCGAACAAGAUGAGGUUUGUGGAUUUUGUUAACAUGGUUUUGAUUAACCUUAAUACCGAGAUCUCCAUGGCCAAGUUUCGUCUUAAGGUAAACAACCGCAAAUUCCUAUCUAUUCAUCUUAAUAUAUGGAUAAACUUUGCUAUUGCCCGAAAAAUUCGAGUUCUAGAUCUGGUUAUGAUGUCUUCAGAGUUUUGGAUUGAUAAUUGGGAUCAUGAUUUAGAGUUUUAUUUGCCAAGUGUACUCUACAAUUGUGGGACACUUGAGGUUCUCAAAUUACAGGGGCCAUUCCUAUUUAAAGCUCCUCAUGUAAUUUGUCUUCCAAAACUUGUUGAUUUGGAGUUACUUUCUGUGAAAUUUGAUUCGGCAGAGUCUUUUCGUAAACUUAUAAGUGGGUGUGAAGCUCUGCAAUGCCUAAGAAUCGUAAGGAAUCACUUCACAGAUGGCCUGCAAAUUUGUAAUAUAUCUUCACUUACCCUUAAGCGUCUUGUCAUUAACAUUGAUUUUGAUGAGUGCUACUGUGAUCAACCUGGUGAGUACAAGUUGAAAAUUGAUACCCCUGCAGUUGAGUACCUAGUCUUGAACGAUUGCGUUUCGGAUGAAAUUUCUAUGCAAGGAUUAACUUCUUUGAAUGAAGCUGUUCUUGAUGGCCGCCGAUUGACUAUUGGGUUACUUGAAGCUUGUGAUCAGGGGAAGGUACUGGAAUUUCCAUACAAAGUCAUCUACAACAAUAUUAUACCACCUCCUGAAGGCACCGACAGAUUCUCAGUAAGUUUUAAGUGGCUAACCAAUUUGAAAAUACAAAAGGACCGCAGUGCGCCAUUGGGCUAUUUCAUGGAUUUGUUUGAUUUUUGUUGCCAAUUAAAAGUACUGGUUAUUGAGAAUGGAUUCUUUGGAAGCUGUUUUCACUAUCAAAAAAGAUAUUGGAGGGAUCCUAUCAAUGUUCCUAGAUGCUUGUUAUACAGUCUCACAGAAAUUUCGUAUAAGGGGCUCGAAGGGACUGAGGAUGAGUUGGCCAUGUUGAACUUUGUUCUCAAUCAUGCUUUAGUGAUGAAAUCGGUUCAUAUAUACUCUUCUGUUCUGAGUGAAAAGGAAAACAACAAUUUACUGAAAGAGCUAUUGGAGUUCUCGAGAGUGUCUCGCGCUUGCAAAAUCACAUUUGAUGAGUUGGCUCCAAUGGAUGUUCCUGGAUGA